AAGCAUAGCAAAUUUCGUUGAGUGCUCCAAAGUCUCGUGCUGACGCUGAGUCUGCCUCCCAGAUAGAAAUUGAGUCUCUCGCGUGACACAACGUGCGUCCAAACGAGCGGAAAGUUUUUCCCAGUGUGUGUGUUUGAAGUUGACUCUGUUUUUAUUUCUUUGCUUUUGUGUUGCUCAUUCGCUUGAGCAGCAGCUGCUGUGCCGCCCCCACAAUAGCGGCAGUCGGUCAUUGAAAACCCAAACGGCAAGAGUAUAAAUACAAAUAGAAGUAUAAAAUAUAUUUAGCAAGGAAUUUGCAAUGCAAAUGUGUUUCGCAUAAGAGUCAAAGUCAAAGCAAACAAAACUACGUAAAAAUAACAAUUGUGUUGAAAUCAAAACGUGUGUUAAAAAAAAAACUAACGACAAAGCGAGUGCAAAAUAUCGAUUUUUUAAGACCGCGUCGAUGACCUCGACGACAACUACACCGACAACAACUGUAUAAAAGCAAAAGCUGAGUUGGCAACAGGGAGAGGCUAAGAAACGAUUUUGCCCAAAAUCUAAUUGAGCCACGUUUUACAUAAUUGCUCAAGCGCAUAAAACAAAAGCAAACGCAGAAGCAAACGUAAAAGCAAACGCAAAAGUAAAACCAAAACUAGCAAAAACACAAAUUAUAACGGCGUUCGCUAACCGAGUGCAAGUGGAAAAUUUUGUGGCUGCUGCUGCUGCCGCAGGCAGAAGAAGGCGCAAAAGUAGCACGACGCUUCCAGAAGAGAGCGGCCAAAGUAGCUGCAGUCGAAAAUCACAGAGACACAUGCUUAGAUAUCGGCUCGUAUCCACACACUUCCUGAAGCAGCCGUAGUGGGAGAGACAGAAGCAGAGCAAAACGAAGAGAGAACGUUAUAAAGUUAGAGCGAAAACCAAGUGCAAACGCAAUUGCAGCAACUGCAGCUAGCGCAGCAAAACAAAAAGAGAGUGUGUGUGAGAGAGAGAGAGAGAGAGAGAGAUUGACUGUGGACGUGUGACGUCAAACGAAGAGAGCGAUCGCAGGAUAUACGAAUACGAAUCAAAGCAAUACAAUAAGUACAUCAGGUGCGCCGUCUCUGCGCAUUCACUUCCCAAACGUUGCAGUGAGAGGAAGUGCAACAGUGCUGUCCAAUCGAUUAACACCAAUUGUGUGGGUCAGUUAUAAGCUAUUUUCGGCUUAAUCAGCAAUACGAUCGCUUGAACCGCAACAGUUGCAUCAGUUUGCAGCAGAGCGGCAUUUAAUUCGCAUCUAAACGGGGCAAUAUAAUUCAGUCACAACGUAUUCGCUAGGAGUUCUACGCCUACUCGGUUUGAGCUGUUUUCAAUUAAAUAGCGAAAAUGUGCAGAGAUCGCGAUAUGAGUUUGUCAUAGAUCAGCGUAAUCGUCAAUAUAAGGUUAAGAAAAAAAUCAAACUGAUGCUCAACUGAAUGCCAAAAAGUCACAAGAGAACGUUGUGUGGGCGUUUAUUGAGAGAGAGCCUUGGACCAAGCAACAACAACAUCAACAACAACAACAACAACAGCAACGAUAACAACAGCCACAACAACAACAACAACAGCAAUAACAACAUCAACCAGGACGUCGAAUUGCGAUCCAUGCUACAAUACCAAAGUUAACAAUUUAAGCCUACAUCAGCCAUCAUUUAGCCAAAUUUAUUAAAUCAGCAAACAACAACAACAUCAGAUUUCAAAGAUUCACUAUUAUUCGUAAUGUGUGUGUGUGUAUGAGUUUCCUUGCCGGAUUUAUCAUUAUCAUAGCGUGAAAUGUGACUAUUUCUAACAUCUCGUUGACAAGUCCAACAAAUACUCGCGUCAUUUGCCACCCCCCCGCCGCCUAAGAAUCUAAUAAGGGGGCCUCUCAAGCGGUUUCGAUUCAUCGCUGUUCAAAUUCCAACCAAGCGAUAAUCUCUCUCUUUUUAUUAUUUGUGUUCUGUGUUCUGUGUUAACCAACAACGUCGCGCAGCUGGCGAACGUACGUGGAAAAAUCAGCAAAAUUGAAGACUUUGCGAAAAAUCUUUGGAAGUCCGUUAAGGCUUGCAUUUGCGGCAUGCGCCAUCCCACAACUGGCCUUAACGAAGACGACCUAAGUCGUCUCACUGGUUCAUCCUCCUCAUCAUCGUCGUCGUCGUCGUCAUCGUCGUCGGCAUCGUCAACCGCCUCAUCAGCGUCCUCAUCAUCCUCAGCAGCGACAACGCAGAAGCAGAAUCAGAAGCAGCAACAUCCACAGGACAUUUGUGAUGUGGUACAACAGCUGGCGAAUACGGAACAGACGCUGCCACGCUUCAAUUCCACAUAUUUACCCGAAAUCAUAAAUCCACUGGAAUGGCAAAAGUCGCGCAAACGCAAGGAGCGACUGGACAGCAACUCGGCCAGCAGCCAGGAUCGCAAGCUACAGCGCAGCAACAGCGAGGAGCUGCUCACCGAGCCGGAAACUCCAGCGGAUCAGACCACUCAAACCCAUUGCCGGCAAACGCAUUGCGAGGUGAUUAGACGCGUCUCAUCCGAGGAUUUCAAGCGUACCGCCAGCUAUGCCAGCUAUUGCCAGGAGUUUGAGCGUGAUUCCGGUGUCGAUCUGCCGCCCGACAACGGCGAGCAGCAGGAGAACAAUGCUGCGCUGGCCAAUCUGCCGCUGAGCGCCAAUGGCGAGGUAACCAAAGAUCGUGCACGCUACGAGACAAGUCCAGCGCGCUCCCAGCAACAUUCGCCGGUGCGCAAUGGACGGCAGCAACAGUUGCAACAGCUGCAACAGUUGCAGCGGGAGGCGAGCGAUGACAGCGACUGUGAGCACGAGCGUCGACGCAGCAGCGAACGUUUCUGCAAAUCGCGACAGCCGCCGGUGCGCAAAUCCGGCGUAAGCAAAAAGCCCAGUGCGGGUGGGAAAUACUUGCCCUCGCGGCGGGAUGAACAGAGCGCCUACAAAUAUGAUUUGUCGGCAUUAAAGUAUGAGCGUCGUGGUUUUAUAAGCAGCAAGAAGCAGCAACAACAACAGCAGCAACAACAGCAGCAGCAACAAACAACAGCAGCAACUGUUGCCGAUCACAACGACAACAAUCUGAUUGAUUUCCAUCAGCAGCAGCAGCAACAACAACAACAGCAGCAGAGCAAACGCAGCGCCAGCAUCUCACCCACACCAACAACGAGCAGCUCGUGCAGCUCGGCGGGCAGCGAUGAUAGCACACCGAAUGCCACCUGUGCCCAUCCCAUUAAGGCCAAGCCGCCGCAGCGACAGCAGCAGAGUCUGAACUUGACCUCGGCGCAGGAAUCGUUGCCUUGGGGGCGUGGCGAUGAGCCGGCGCCCAUGUUGAGUCGCCGUUACGCCCACUACAGACAUCAUGCGGGCGGCAACAUUGAUGCGGCCGCCAAGCUGUCCAAGGUGAUGCCGUAUCCACAGCAGCAGCCCAAACAGGCGGCCAGCGUGCAGCUGCUGGGCGAGGAUAUGGAUUGCCUGGAGCCGAUGGAUGCAGUGCGUGCGUUUAGUUCGCUGGAGAAUAUGCGCACACGCGAUGUCAUGCAGCAGGUGGUGCCGGCCAUGAUGGCCUUCCAGACGCCCGAGGAGCGGGUCAAGGCCAUUAAUCGACGGGUGACGGCGCUGAAAAAGAAACUGGUGCAGCUGGAGGAUGCGUUGGAGCAGCGUCUGGGCUAUCGGCCAUCGCAGGCGGAGCGACUCAACGAUAAGUACAUGAAGAACGCCCUCGCCGAGCUGAGCAAGCUGCGCAAGGAGCGACACGAGCUUAAGACUGAUCCCAUUGCGGCGCUGGGCAUCAAGGUGGGGGCCAAUGCCAUCGCUGCUUCUCAGCAGGAGGCGGCCAAGAAGCUGGAGCGCAUGAAGAACACACUCUGCGAAAUCGAACAGAAUCUCAGUGAGAAGAGAGCGCAGUGUCAUCGACCGCAGCUGCUGGAGGAGCUGACAUCCGAUCAGCUGGUGCAGGAGAAGACCGCCGUGCAGCAUGGUUUGCUCUAUUUUGAGAGCCUUUAUGGCCAUCCCAUAACCAAGGAGGAGCGGGAUGCAGCACGUCCGCUCUAUGAUCGUUAUCGUCAGCUGAAGCGUUUGGUAUCGCGCAGCAUUAUGUUUGGUGGGGGCAGCGGGGUGCCAGAGUUGCCCACCAUACUGGAGCACGAGGCUAUGGUCUUUGAGGCAACAUCGACACCGCUGCAGUAUUCAUCGAACAACAGCACUGAGACAACAAAUUCACCCAGCGACUCAAUGGCGCCAAAUACAUUAACCCAGAAUGCUUCCUCCGAUGAGUCGACGACCACAACCACAACAACAACAACAACAAACACCGCACCGGAGCAGACGCAGGCGGAGAAUAUAGCGGCGCUCAGCUUGGAUCAGCUGUGGGAGCAGUUGGAGCGCGUGCGGGAUGAGAAGACACUUCUCAAGGCCACAAUUCGCGAGUAUGAGUCCAUAUUCGAGGAGCAGAACGGACGCAAAAUGUUAAAGCUCGAUCGCAAAUCUCUGGAAACCGAAACCUAUGCCCAGUACAAGGAGAAGAAGGCCAAGGUGCGUCUACUGCAGGCGCUUAUCAAGAAGCACAUCGGACACUAGAUAGAUUCAACAUAUUAUUCACAUUCAUCCAAAACUAUUUAUUUCAUCAUACAAGUAGA